AUGAUGUCUACCAAGUUAGUUUGCUUUGCACUGGCCAGUUUGGCCUUGGGUCAAUAUUACCUAGUGGCCAGCGAGGAAACCGUUGCUGUUUGUCCAACCGACUUCACCCAGGUGGCGGGCAAAUGCCUCCUUUUCGAUAAUAGAUGGAAGAACUUCUACGAGUCUGAUCGUCACUGUCAAUCCCUUAACGCCGGACUUCUGAGCUUUACCAAUAAAAUACAGCUCACUGCCAUCAACGAAUGGCUGGCAACUGUUGUACCCCGAAACCCGGAUGUCUGGACAUCCGGAAAUAAGCUGGGCGGAACUUCCGAUUACUACUGGCAGAGCACUGGGAGGAAGGCAAUCUACCUUCCCUGGCAGGCUGGUCAACCCACUCCCAUCACCGGUGAUUGCCUCACACUGUUGGCCAACGUCACCAUGACUGCCGAAGGAACCACAAUGAGCGAGCAUCGCUUGUCCGUGGCGGACUGCACCAAAUGGGUACCCCACGUCUGCGAGGCCCCACUGCAAAUCUUCAAGACCCAGCUUUGCCUUAACACUACUGCUUUCUUCGAGGCCAAGGUGCCCGCUUAGGUCAAUCGAAGGGGCUCCUCCUAAUUGGCCAUGGUUGUUUGUUUUCCUAUAUGAUCAAUCGUUUUUAUAUGAAUACAAACAUUUAUGGUUUUAAAUAAAAAUUUAAAAAUUUGCAAAUUAA